AACUGUCGAGACUGGAGUAUUUAACAACUAGACAACAGCUCUUUGAAUAUCAACACCCUAGUACCAGUAUCAUCAUGAAAAAAAUUCAGAUUGUUUACAUGGCAACCGAAACAGUUUUCAAAUUUUGAGAUCUACAAACUCACCCGUUUCCUGUUGGUGGAGCAUGGAAUACUGUCAUAAAUCUCGAGAAAGGUUUCAACUUCAUCUGCCCGAAGAGCUUCAGCAAGUCGCACGGCUAAGACAGUUUCCUCUUCCUUCAAAUCGGGAGAGCAUAAGUUCUCUCCCAAGUCGGCCAUAUUUACUCCAUCAGUCUCACCAGUUUUGCUUUUAUUUUUUCUUGCUCUUCAUCUCAAAUUCUGCGCAUGCUCUAAAGUUUUUCCCUAAUAUAUCGCGGGCUUUUGAAAUUUCCUACCCAGAAACCUUUGCUAUAUUCUAGGUUCAACAUGGCGGAUAAUUCGAAGAUGGAAGUGGAAGAUGACGCACGCGAAACGACAGAGGAUCAAGAUAUUGAAGAGAACAUGGAUGAAGCUGUGAACAAGGAAGAUGGAAGCUCGGACUCCGAAGACUCUGAUGAUAAUGAGGCCGUUCAUGAUCCAAGAAUUCAGCAGCUUGAGCUCCAGGUAGCAAGCAAUCCAUACCACUAUGAUUCUCAUGUAGAACUCGUCAAACUUCUUAGAGAGUCUGGUGAUCUUGAUAGAUUGAGGGAUGCUAGAGAGGGUAUGAGCAAGAUCUUUCCUCUGACAGAAGAACUAUGGCUAGAGUGGCUCAAAGAUGAGAUUCCAUUAGCAUGCAUCCCAGAACAGAGAGAAAAAGUCAUUGCUCUGUUUGAAAGAGCAGUGAAAGACUACCAAUCUGUACGAGUUUGGAUUUUAUACUGUCAGUUUAUGAUGGAUAUCAUGGAAGGAGAAGACAGUCUUCAGGCAGUGAGAUCAACUUUUGAAAAAGCUUUAACUGCGGCUGGUCUUCAUGUAACCGAGGGAUCCUCAAUCUGGGAAGGCUAUAGAGAGCUAGAAAUGGACAUUUUAGAAUCGCUAGAGCAAAUCGUGACAGAGGAAACCAAAGAAAGCAUGGCUGAAAAGAUCUCCUCUCAAAAAGAAAGAGUGAUGUCAGUAUUUAAAAGGCAGCUUGCUGUUCCACUGUUAGGUAUGCAGGCAACCUUAAGAGAGUUUGAAGACUGGUUGGAGGAUUCUGUUCCUGAUGCAAUCAUGAUUGCCUAUGAGAAAGCUUUAGCUAAAUUAGAGGAAUGUCUUCCUUUUGAGGAUGCACUGGGUUCAGCUCAACCGCCCAAGACUACUGAAUUUAAGUCAUACCUGGGGUAUGAACUGACGAAAGGAGAUCCUGCCAGAAUACAAUGCUUGUACGAGAGAGCUAUGAAGGAAAAUUGUCUUGUUGGGGAUAUGUGGACUGAGUAUACUUCUUAUUUGGAUUCAACGUUGAAGAUAUCAUCAGUGGUGCUUCCAGUGCAUGAGCGUGCUGUCAGAAACUGUCCCUGGGUGUCUCUUCUCUGGCAGAAUUACAUGCGAGCACUGGAACGCAACAAACAGGACGGCAAUAAAGUGAAAGAAACUCUAGACACAGCUCUGGGAUGCGGUUUUUCUGGCAGUGACGAUUACCUCCAGCUUUGGCAUUGUUACUGUGAUUACAUGAGAAGAAGAGUGGAGGACUGGGGAGAAGAUAGUCAGAGUGUCAAAGACCUCAGGGAGAAUUUUAAAACUGCAACAGAAUAUUUGCAGAACUAUUUUGGCAAUGACGGUGAUCCCACGAAUCUCUUAGAGAGAUACUGGGCAAGAAUUGAGGCAUUUCACUGUAAUAAUAUAUCAGAAUGUCAGAGACUUUGGGACAAUGUGAUACUCUCCAGGCAUGGACGAGAAGCUGAGUUCUGGCUCGAGUAUGCGAACCUUUUAAGGUCUUGUCGUGACAUCAAAAAGUGUCGUAAAAUUCUGCAGCGGGCUGUGCAGUCAGCCAGUGAUAACCCUGAAAUGGUGAUUCAAGCCUUGCUCAGUUUUGAACGAGAAGAAGGGACGUUGGAGGACUGGGAUGCAGCUUUUUCAAAGUGUCGAGUACAACUAUUGAGAGUCAACGAACGAAGACAGAAGGUGGCUGAAAAAGAGGCUGUACGUGCAAAAGCUGAAGAAGAAGCCCAAGCGAAAAGAAAAAUUGCGAAUGCAGAGAGGAAGGCAACUAAGAAAAUGGAACAGAAAAAGGCCAAGUUUGAAAUGAGGAAGAGAAAGGCCAAUGACCAACCUACUCCUGGAGACAAAACUCAGAAAAUGACCGAUAAUACACAAGAUUCGGGAGAACCAGUGGCUAAAAAGCCCCACGUUGAGAAUGAAAGUGAAAAUCUCUCGUCAACUCAAUCGACGCCAGCAGGAGAACCAUCUACGAAAAUUUCACAUGACAGCACAAAGGAUCCGAACACAGUAUUCGUUAGUAACCUUUUGUUUUCAGUUGAUGAGGAGCGGCUCAAGAAGACUUUCUCACCGCUUGGCGACAUAACCGAAGUAAGACUUGUCAAAAACCAGAUGGGGAAAUCAAAAGGAUUCGCUUACAUCGAGUUUAAGAACCAGGCCUCGGUACAAGCUGCCCUUUCCAUGGACAGGACCAAGUUAAAUGGCAGACCGAUGUUUGUUUCGCCUUCGGUGGACAAAUCUAAGAAUCCAACGCAAUUUAAGUUUCCUACGACUCUCGACAAGAAAACAUUGUUUGUGUCCAAUCUUCCUUUCGAAGUUAAAGAGUCAGAGUUGGAGAAUCUGUUCGAAAAGUAUGGAAAAGUGAAGCAAAUUCGUCUGGUGACUAACAGAGCUGGUAAACCGAAAGGAUUUGGUUACGUAGAGUUAGAAGAUGAGACAGGAGCAUCAGCGGCCAUCGUAGCUUUGGACGGAAGCCAGGUCGGAGACAGGCAGAUUUCAGUUGCUGUGUCAAAUCCACCCAGCAGAAAACCCAGGCAGCCCGGGGCCGACCAACAGCAAAGACAGAUAGAACAGCCGGGAAGUCGUGGCCGAGCAAGAACCCAGCUGCAACUCAUCCCCAGGGCACUGCAGAAGACUGCGUCCACUGCACCAGCUUCUUCGUCAGAUAACUCAACCGUAUCGAGCGAAGAAAAGACCAAAGCCAAACCUGGCGCUGAAGUUAACCAAGGUUUUAGUAAUGAGUAUUUUAGAAGCCUUUUGCAGAAGAAGAAUUAAGCGUGUUGAAGAGUAACAGAAUACUGUUUUAACUGAACAAUUUGCUUACAAAGGGCAAAAAAAAAAAAAGAAAAAGGCAACAGUUAUUAAUGUCAUGUUUUGUUAUGGUUAAAAGAAAAACGCGAAGUAGAGAUUGUUUUGGGUUUGCGAACAACAUUUACGAGGAGGCUUUUAAAGAGCUUUAUAACUUGUCAUCUUAUAAACGUCCAUUUGAAACAUUAUGUUAUUUAUUUGUUACUAUGGCUGGCAUGGUAUGCAUGUUGGACGUUCACGGCAAACGGCAAACAGCACAAAAACUUCUCCCACCGUCUGCGUUCUGCCGUCUGUACACUUAUGUGAACGUACUUGCAUUGCUUGUGAACGAGAGAACCUUCGUCAUUUUUGUAUUGGAGGUAUUGAAGGAUUGGAGGCAAAAUGAGUUACAUUAUUAAAUUAAAUCAGAGUUAAUAUUUGCGAUUUGCUGUUUCCGCAAACAUGAUGCUUAACCUCGCUAUAUCAGUAAUACUGAUUAACUGAUUGUCAUAAUGUCUCUAACAGGUGAACCUUAAGUUGUAAUAAACUCGUCAUUAGCAUGUUAAAUACAGAGAAUCCAAAAUGAA